AUGAUGUACGAUGACACUACGAAGCAAUGGCUUUCACCUGAUGGAUCUAAUGAAGCAGCCCGAUCACAAGUUCGAAUAUUACAUAAUGUUCAUACCAACGCAUUUCGUAUUGUCGGUACUCGUUUACAGGACGGACAUUGGAUUCUUAAUUGCAAUAUUUAUGAGAGAUUGAGGUACAAGGCAGCAACGCCAACAUUUCAUCAAUGGAGAGAUGAAAAAAGAAAAGUAUAUGGCCUAAGUUUCAUGAAGGAAGAAGAUGCUCGCCUUUUCGUAAAAGUUAUGACGCAGGCCUUGUCAUUAUUAACAUCAAGUAGUGAUUAUCAAAAUGGUAGUGAUUUGGGUUUUUCAAAUACUAUAUAUCAAGAACCACAUCAGUUACAUCACAAUACAUACAGUUCACCAUCAUUUCGAGGUGCUGACGAUGAAAGUUUAUGUUCUGGUGGUGGACUGGCAAAUAGAAUUGUUACGGAUAAUGUGCCAUUUGAUUUGCGUGAUGCGAAGGUCUUAGCCUUAAAUCUUCGCGAACAAAGCUAA